UCUAAUACCUAAGAAGGAACCUGGGGUCUACAGAAUGAUUUUCAAUUUAAAGUCCCUUAACCAAUCAGUGACUUACCRUAAGUUUAAAAUGGACACGCUUGAGUCUGCAAUCAAAUUAAUGAAGCCUGGGUGUUUUAUGUCUUCAAUCGACCUGCGAAAUGCUUAUUACUCCAUACCAAUAUCUUCUGCCUAUAGAAUGUUUCUCAAGUUUGCAUGGAGGGGAUACCUGUUUCAAUUUCGGGCCCUACCAAUGGGGUUGACAAGUAGUCCACGUUUUUUUUACGAAGGUCCUCAAACCUGUUUUUUCCACCUUACGAACUCAAUAUGGACAUAAUUGCCUGGGAUAUCCUGAUGACUCUUUCUUCACGGACGAUACUGAAGAUGCCUGUCGUGAGGCUACCAUACAUGCAGCUCAGCUGUUUACUCGUCUAGGUUCUGUCAUUCACCCAACCAAGUCUAUAUUCAAUCCUACACAAUCAUUAGAGUUUUUGGGUUUCGUGUUAAAUUCUGACACCAUGACAGUUUGUUUGACCCCAAGGAAGAUUGAGAAAAUUAUCCUUAUGUGUCAGAAGUAUUUAUGUGGACAGGCAUAUACCAUUCGGGAAGUUGCAUCAUUGAUAGGAACUUUGGCAUCAACAUUUUCUGGGGUGGAGUUUUGGCCCGCUGUAUUAUAGAAAUUUAGAAUGGGACAAAGAUGUGUCCCUAAAAGCUACCCAAGGGGAUUUUGUUGAGAAAAUGUCCCUUUCCAGGGAAAGUCUCCAAGAAUUAGAAUGGUGGGUCAGUUCCCUCCCUGCUGCAAGGAGAAACAUUGUGCAUGGUAUCCCAACCAUGAUUCUUACGUCUGACGCAUCUUCUGUGGGUUGGGGUGCUUGGACUUCCCAAAGUCAAACCCAAGGUCUAUGGUCCCAAGUGGAGAGGAAAUAUCAUAUCAAUGUCCUGGAGAUGCUCGCAGUUAAACUGGGGCUCAUGUCCCUUUUUGAAUCAGUAUCCAACCAACACAUUAGGAUCUUAUCUGACAAUACUACCACAGUGUCCUAUAUUAAUGCUAUGGGAGGUUGUAAGAGUAAGGAAUGCACUCAGAUUGCUAAGGACAUUUGGUUAUGGGCCAUCAGUUGGCACCUCUGGCUCUCAGCGGCUCAUCAGCCGAGGCAGCUGAAUGCCAUUGCAGACUCACUGUCGCGCCAUUUUGAGGAUGGGAUAGAAUGGAAGCUGAAUCCUAUUCUAUUUGACAGAAUCUGUGGGUUGUAUGGGGUCCCUGAGAUUGAUCUGUUUGCCAGUCGAAUCAACCAUCAAACGAAUACCUAUGUUUCUUGGAAACAAGAUCCCUGUGCAACCUAUGUUGAUGCUUUCACUGUGAAUUGGUCCCAGUUCACUAACAGUUAUAUGUUUCCACCAUUCUGUUUAAUCAGUAGAUGUCUCCAAAAAAUAUUUUUGGAACAAGCAACAGUGACCAUCAUAGUACCUCUGUGGACCACRCAAGCUUGGUUUACAAGGCUUCUAAGUCUCCUGAUCCAUCGGCCCAGAAUGUUCCUUGUCACUCAUGGCAUGCAAGGUAUCAGGCAACAGUUCAUUGAAUGCAGCAUUUCUGAGGACAUUACCAAUGUCCUCAUGUCCUCAUGGGGGCCAAGUACACAGAAGCAAUAUAAUGUUCACAUCAGGAGGUGGGGUGAAUUUUGUCUACAGAGGAAAGUUGAUUCAUUGCGCCCAAAUAUCAAUGAUGUUUUAGAGUUUCUGCACAGUUUACACAUCAAAGAGCUAUCCUAUUCCACAAUUAAUACAGCACGUUCGGCUUUGUCGAACUAUUUAAUGGGAUUUGAAUUUCCUGGUACUCACUACACAAUUACUGAUCACCCCUUUGUUGUACGCUAUUUGAAGGGAGUGUUUAAUUUUGUCAAACCUACUCCUCGUUAUCAGGAGACUUGGGAUGUCGCCGUUGGAGAAACUUUCAUUAAAGGAACUAACAUUCAAAUUAGUUAUUUUGCUAGCACUCACAUCUGGACAAAGAUGUCAGACAUUAUCAUUUCUCGAUAUUGA